GCCGCCUCAGCCGCCGCCGCCUCAGCCGCCCUCUCGCCCUUUCUCGCCGCCGCCCUCAUGGAGCUGUCCGCCAUCGGGGAGCAGGUGUUCGCCGUGGAGAGCAUCCGGAAGAAGCGCGUGAGGAAGGGGAAAGUGGAAUACCUGGUCAAGUGGAAAGGAUGGCCCCCAAAAUACAGCACGUGGGAGCCGGAAGAGCACAUCCUGGACCCCCGCCUCGUCAUGGCCUAUGAGGAGAAAGAAGAGCGAGAUCGGGCGUCCGGGUAUAGGAAGAGAGGUCCCAAGCCCAAGCGCCUCCUGCUGCAGAGGCUGUAUAGCAUGGACCUGCGCAGCGCCCACAAGGUCAAGGGGAAGGAGAAGCUCUGCUUCUCCCUGUCGCGGCAGUUUGGCGGGGGCGGCGGCGGAGGCGGGGGCGGCGGCGGGGCGGGGAAGGCGGGCCCGGCCGAGCUGGCCCCAGAGAAGAGCGGAGUGGGGCCGGCCCUGCCCUUCCCGCUGAGAAAGCAGCGCAAGUCCCAGAAGUACCUGCGGCUGUCCCGCAAGAAGUUCCCGCCCCGCGGGCCCAGCCUGGAGAGCCGCAGCCGGCGCCGGGAAUUCUUCCUGAAGGAGCCGGCGGCCCGGGAGGCCCUGCAGGGCCCCGGCGAGUGGGAGCCCGCCGAGCCGCACCCCGGCAAGGAAGGUGCGGACCUCCCUGAAGGCGGAGCCCCCUGGAUCCCCGUGCCUCCCCCCAGCGAGGUGACCGUCACCGACAUCACCGCCAACUCCAUCACCGUCACCUUCCGAGAAGCACAGGCGGCCGAGGGCUUCUUCCGAGACCGGAGCGGGCAGUUCUGAAUCACCGUUUUUACUCUUCUUGAACGGUUUUUCUUUCGGCUUGGG